AUGUCAUCCGCCUGGAGCAGCACUGCAGGUGAGAAUCCCAACGCAGGGGCCCAUGACUCACUGAGCAACUGCAGUGAGGGCAAAGGGAAUAACUCUGGAGAUGAGUUGUCUGAUGCUGAAGGUGUCUGGAGCCCAGACAUUGAGCAGAGCUUCCAGGAAGCCCUGGCCAUUUACCCACCAUGUGGCAGGCGGAAAAUUAUCCUCUCAGACGAAGGGAAGAUGUACGGACGCAAUGAGCUGAUAGCUCGGUACAUCAAGCUUCGGACUGGCAAGACACGGACACGGAAACAAGUGUCUAGUCACAUCCAAGUGCUGGCCCGCCGGAAGGCCAAGGAGAUUCAGGCCCAGCUGAAGGUCACAGUAAGUG